GAUUUGGUUACAGAUGUCCUUGGUAGGAAUCUUAAUGUUGUGAUUGUCGGUUGAGUUGUGGAUUUUAAUUCUAACAGAAUAAGUAGUCUAAAGUUACUUUCUUUAUUUGAUGCUAAUGAAAUAAACGUCAGGAGAUACCUACCUGAAGGAACUCACAUUAACAUGAUGGAAGUUCCUUACGAUUAUAAUCGUAAGGAACUUCCAGCAUUAUAAUGCUGAACAUCACUUUAGGGGAAAUGCAGUUCCUAAGGGCGACUCACACAGUCCAGUGAAUAAACGAUUAUUUUCGUCCCGUUUUCAAAAAAAAUUUCACGGAAGUCAGCGGAAUUUUCCGGAAAUUUCCUUCGCUUGAUGGGAAUUUCUAGAAUGCACAAUCAGUUUAUAUUGAUUGUUUAUUCUGUAAAGUUGGGAGUUCGUUGACUUUUUAUUCUACAGAUUAAUUUUAUUGAGCCUAGAGACAAAGUUUCCCCUGUUGUCCCCUAUUAUUCGUCACCACUGAAAAGGCUAUAGAGCUGUUACUGAUUACUCUAACAUUUAUAUACUAUUACUUAUGUGGCAUUGUAUGGUCAAUUUAAGCUUACGUACGUUGUUAACUUUAUGAAUACAAAGUGGGAGUUGAUGACGCUCAGUUCAAUUUGACGCUAGUUAGUAAUUCACGUACAUCAUCCAGUCGUUUAUUUUGAAACUCGUUCUGGUCCAAAUUUGUGUUUCGUUUGACUUCAUCAUCAGUUCUCUCAGUGCGGCUCUGCUUUAUGGCCUCACUUUCAGUCAGACGUAGGUGUUUAAUUGUUUUCGGCUAAUAUUAUUUGACCAGACCCUAUCAGGACACAAUCAGUGUCAUAUAUGCAGCGCAAAAUUGCGUGCGAAUUCAAACAAUAUUAGCAAAAUCAUUUGGUAUUUUUCAGACCUAAGUUUAUUGCCUAUUAAGUAAAUGAUCGAAUAGUGGUAAUUUAGUCGAUAUCCAGUAGGAAAUUCACCUAAUCAAUCAUGAAACGUCUGACCAGUCAUAAUGAAGACACGAUUAAAACAGUUGUUUGUUUCUGUGCGUAUUUGUCAUAGUCACUUAGUCAGCUACAACGUAAGACCAGGCACAUAUAUGCAUCGGUCCAAGUUACUAUACCUCAUUAAUACAGCAAGAUGGACACCGGAUUCAUAGUAGUUAAUUCAGUGGUGGUAAUAUACAAAAGAAAGAUUGUGUAUAAGGAUAUAGUAUAGGAAGAAAGAAUUAGUUCAUAGAAAGACAUAUGAAGCGGUUUUAAUCUCAUAGUUUAAGGGAAGACAGAGAGUGCAUACACCUACACCAUUGUGAUCGAGCCAUGUCACACACAGUCUCUAACCAUUGGUUACGAUAGUCACGUGGACCUCGACCAAGUAGUCUGCAUCUACCAACAUUGCUCAGACUAGAAGUUAAUGACUACGAGCACUGAUACCACGUUUUGGUUUGACCGCCCCCAACUUUCCUCCAACCAUCCCCAACACUAGUCAGCAUUGCGCAUCAUGGUAAUCGGUGUUCAGGCAUACGUAACACGUGGCCCAACCAUCUCAGUUGAUGAAGAUUCACAACCUCAUCAACUGAUUUACCAUCAUUCCCUAAUACCCGGUGUCUAAACUCACUAUUACUUACCCGGUGAUACCAGCAGAUGCGAGCAAUAAUUCUAAGACAUCUGUGAUCAAAUACUAGUAACUUACGAGUAUUUUCUACUUUCAAUGGCCAUGUUUCACAGCUAUAAAGUAGAACAGACCGAACUUCCGCACAAUAUACUUGUCUCUUAAUUGAUAUACGAAUAUCUCGCCCUCGCAAAAAGUGACGUAAGUUGGCAUAAGCCAAACGAGCUUUCUGAAUUCAUGCAGAGAUUUCGUCAGACACCAACCCAUUGGGGCUGAUCGGACUUCCAAGAUAAGUGAUGUUGUCGACACUUUCGACAUCAUGUUAUAAAUUAGCCUGCCUAGUGUUGUGGUCAGUUUGUUAGUAUUAAGUCUACUAUAUUGUGUGAUACGGGGAUGAUAAGUUAUGGAAAAUAACCGUACACUUAACCUCUGAUUGCAACACCCUGAUUAUUAUAAAAACUUCGGCAGCUGAAUUCUCCACGAUUGAUUUCAAUAACAAGUAAGACUUUUCAACUAUGCACAAGUGCAAUUAAGUGAAUCUGUAAAAUAACGAUAUGAGAUAAAAGACUUGCCUAGUAGUUGUCACAAUGUCAUUCACAUCCCAUUAUAUAUAACCGUAUUUAGUUACUGUAAUGUCUAAAUAAAAUAAUCAACAAUAAACUGCACAAAGUCUUAUUCCGAAAAAACACUUCAGUCGUUUGAUACAAUAACUUUUUACAGUAUAUUAGAGGUUGUAGUUUGUUUGUAUCACCAAGUUAGACCUACAAGAAACAGAAAACAAACUGUUAGCUGUAACCAUUUAAUUAAAUAAGCUUGAUCACAACUUAAUCAUCAAUACCUUAUAUAUAUUAAAUUUUCACCUACAGAGUCUGUCAAUUGCUCAUACUGUCUGUCGAAAACCAUGAUUCAUGUACUAAUUAUUGAUCCGAAGAAACAGAUCUGUUACAAAUCCAGUCACUAGCUAAUAUAGCACAGUUUUCGCGAACCGUUACGAUUAGUUUCUGUUUUAAAAUACUGUUAAGUUGUGUUUGGGUAGCGAAUUUGGGCACUGCAAACGUGAGCUGCUAGUCAUGCAAUUCAACUGUCCAACCUAGGAGGAUUUAACUGGAAGGCAUGCCUAUUUUCACGUACUAUAAAAUCAGUUUUUAUGUAUCAACCUACCUAUCAUAGGAGAUUCUGUUAAGAUUCAACAUAUGCAGCGAAUCAUUUCCAUAAUGAGGCUCUGUUUAUAACAUCAAAUCAUAUGCGAAUAAUCCCUGCCGUAUUUCUUCUCUCUCACAGCCUUGAAAUUUUGGGUUCCAAAGAACAUAUUGUCCCGUAAUGCUUCAAAGUCUUUCACGUAUUGGGGAUACAUUUGCACGAUUACCUUUCUUAUUUUUCGUCGAAUUAGUAGCAACAAAACGCGUUACUUUUCUUUAUGAUUACUGGAAACUCUAUUCCAAUUGGAUAACAUCGACUUGUCCUUCUUGUUUGUGUCCAGAUGAAUCUCAUAUCAGCUUCAUUAUCUCAGUCGCUUUCAUCAUUUGUGCAGUCACCUCAGUUGUUUACAUUAAAGGCAUUUUCACUGUUGUAUUUAUUGUAAUAAAUCUCUUUCUCGUUUGUAUAAUGUUUACGAAUUAUAUGUCUUUAUUGUACACUAUCACGUUACCGACAUUUCCAUCCGCUUUGUCUUCUUUCUCUACUUAUUUUUCCUCGUCGUCGUCUCCUUCUUCUUCACUGUCAUUACUUAUACGAUGGCAUUGUAUAUUGGGCUGUUUAUUACUCGCUACUUCACUUUUGUUUAUGCUAAUAAAUUCAAUAUUCAGGCGUAUACCACCUUAUAAAUAUUUUAUAAUUAUAGUUCUUUAUAUCUCUGUACUAUUUAUCUCUUCGUUGCCAAUUAUUAUUAAGUCUUCAUCAGUAGAAUUGACGAGAUCCGAUAGUGCGAAAUCAUUGAGAAUGAUGAUGAUAACAACAACGACAACAGCAAAUGAUAAGCAUUCAUUUCAUACAAAUGUCGUCUAUGGAUUAAAUAACUUUUCAUCAACGUGGUUAUUCUAUGUCUAUACAAUGGUUAAACCGAAUUGUUGUGUCAAGCAAUCUAAUGUAAAUAGUAAUUGGCAAUCUCUUUGUCUGCCUACAAAUAUUCAUUUGUUUUCAUCAAAUGAGAAUAAUAUUGUUCAUGAUGUAACCAUUGUUUCUGAAGCAGCUUAUCGAUAUGAUAUAAUCUUACUAACUUGUUCUUAUGGUUUAUUGUGUAUUUAUAUACUACUUCUAUUGUAUUGUUUAAGCAUUACUGAUAUUUAUGAGAUUUUUAUGUCAUGUGUUGAUAUAGAACUGGAAUUAUAUCGACUUGGUCUAGUUGAUUAUAUCACAUUUCAUUGGAAUCGAUUAGAUGUACCACAAAUUUUAAUGUACUUUUGGUCAUUCAAACUAAUGUCAGUGAUUAUUUUGGGUCCAGUAUGCUGGGAAAUUAUUCCAACUGGUGAUGUUAAUGUUGAUGAGAUAUCGGCGAAACUAUUCAAUUCUUCUACAUUGAAUGAAUAUUCUAACCUGGAUACUGCCAAUCAAUCAACAUUAUCUAUACUAUACACAAGAUUAUUUGUUGGUCUUUUUGUACAUGGAUCAGAAACCUGGUUGUCAGUGUGUGGAGCAGCUGCAUUUUUCGGUGCAUUAGCUACUAUUUUCGUUUCUAUAUUGGUCUUUUUAUUGGAUCCAUCUCGUACUGGCACAGCUCGAUUAGCAGUGGUAGUUGCACAAGCUCCAGCUGAUCCACAUACAUGGAAUGUAAUUGAUGAUCCAGCGUUAGCUUUAGAUCAAAAUGAUGUUAUUGCUAUGGAAUUACUAGCUAGUACUGGAUGGAAUUGUGCUGUUGUCUUUUUGUUCUUAGCUUUCCAAUCAGAUAUGCCUAAUCUUCCACCAGUUUAUCGUGCAUCAUGUUCUAUGUAUGGAAUUAUGGUUCUUGUGAUUGCGUGUAUCCAUCCUAUUCAAGCAUUGAUCAAGUCAUUCUUAUUACGUCUUGGGGCACCUGGUCAACAAACAAAUUGGUCCGAGCAUGUACGACCAUUGUGUUUUUGUGUUGUGCUAAUUUUCGCAGCUUUUAAUAUGUUCACUUGUUUGCCAAGAAUAUUAACAAAUGACAAACUGGAAUAUAUUCGUAAUAUGAAUCACAGUGAAAAUGCAUCCUAUUUAGCUGUUUUAUCACAUAUUGGCUCAUCGGAAGAAGCAAUACUUGCGAGACGACUAAGAAUAUUUCUAAGCGGUUGUCAAUUAUUAAUUAGCCUUGUAGUUACAUUAAUUGAAUAUGCUAUUUAUCAAUACUCUUAUCGAUAUCCUAAUUGGACAGGAUUUCAACCAACAAUAUUUUGGACAAAAGUGAUUAGUUCAGUAAUUGAUUAUUUUAUUUCAUUAUUAUCAUUUCUAACAGUCUGUUGGUUAGUAUUCUAUGAUUCUUUUGGAGUGUGUCGUUUGUUUAUUAUUUGUUGUUAUUUCUCCUUAGUUUUAUAUCCAUCAGCGCGUAGAGCAUAUAUAUGGAUAAAAUGGCGAUUAUUAUGCACUAAACGUAUGAAUGAUUUAGUUAAUCCUAGUAAAAUACAAUUAGAACGGUAUGGUGAUACAUGUCCAAUAUGUUUUGCUGAAAUGACUAUAACUACAGCAAAAAUUACUAGAUGUGGUCAUCUUUAUCAUUCUGAAUGUCUUAUACAGUGGAUGAAACAUAAAUUAACAUGUCCUAUAUGUCAGUCAGAUUUAUUGUCGACUAGAGUGACUAAUAAACGACGAGAAGUUACAAGUGCUCGAAUGCAAGAGACAAUAGUAGGUGAACAAAAUUAAAUAACUUUAAAAGAAAUUACUCAGAGUUUUUGACUUUAUUUAUUACUAUUACUACUAAUACUACUACUAUUACCGCCACCAUCAUCAUCAUCACCCUUUUCACCGUCUAACCAUUCGAUAUUAAACAAAAGUCAAACAAAAAAUCACCUUUCAAUCUUGUAAAUGCAAAUUGUUACUACUCUGUGCCUUCAAUUGUACACUCAUCAUUAUUAUUUGUCAAGGAUGUUUGUAAAAUGGAGGCGCUUAUAAAUUCAUAAUGUCUAUGUGAAAGCCGCUUUUUUGUUUUUGUUUUUUUGUGUGUAUGUACGUGAUUUAUUAUCAUGCAUAGUACAUAAAAAGAAGAUUUACAAUAAAUUAUUGACAUAUAAUAUUGUCUAUUUUUUCAGAGAAAUAAUAAAGUUAGUUUCGGUGUGAUU